AUGGCUUUCGACGCAGAAAAAGGCCUUGCAAAAGGCAACUUUUCAACCGAAUCACCAGAUGUGAUCUCGGUCGACAACGAUGCCCAUUCGCACAAUACCGGUGUCCUGGCCAGGCUUCGCGCCCUGGAGGCCAGGAUGGACAAGAAACUCGGGGUAGAGUCCGAAGCCAUCGUUCGCAAGCGCCCCGAAGAUAAGAAAAAGGUGCAUUGGGUAGAGGAGUUGUCGAUGGCGGCACUGUGGGCGAGCGGCACAAUGAACACUUCCUGCUUUGCGACCGGCUUCCUCGGCUGGGAAUUUGGCCUGACCCUGAAACAGUCGAUCGUCAUAACCAUCUUUGUCUCCAUUCUGGCUGCCUCGCUGAGUGGCUUCUGUGCCACCUUCGGCGCCGUGACCGGUUUGCGCCAGAUCAGUGUCAGUCGGUACAGCUUCGGCUGGUGGCCUAAUAAGCUGGUCGCCUUGCUUAACAGUAUCCAGCAGAUGGGCUGGGCUGCGGUCUCAUGCAUCACUGGAGGUCUCGCCUUGACGGCGGUUUCGGACGGCCACGUAUCUUUGAUUCUUGGAAUCGUCAUUCUGGCCGUCGUGGCGCUGAUCAUCUCUUUCGUCGGGCUGAACGCCAUUUUAAUUUACGAGAGAUGGGCCUGGAUGGUCUUUUUCGUCAUCUUCCUUAUCAUCUACGGCCAGACCGGCAAAUAUGCAGACAAUUCGGCUCCGGCCACCGUCACUGGUGCGAGUUUCUCCGGCGCCGUUCUCACCCUGAUUGCCAUUGUCUACGGGUCCAGCGCUUCCUGGUGCACCAUGGCCAGCGACUAUUACGUCCACUACCCCGUCAACGUGAGUCGUGUGAAGGUUUUCUUCAUGACUACCUUUGGUAUCGCCAUCCCGACCUCGGUCGGCAUGGUAGCCGGCUGCGUGGUCGCUUCCGCUCUGAACAACAAGCCCGAGUGGUCUAGCGCGUACGACGAGGGAAUUGGCUACCUCAUCCAAGACAUGCUCUAUCCUCGCGGGUUCGCCAAAUUCCUCCUCACGCUUCUCGUCUUGUCCGGUAUCAACGUCAACGUCAUCAGUAUUUACAGCUCCGCCAUUUCAUUCCAGCAACUUUCAAGACCCUUUGCUCGAAUUCCUCGGUUCAUAUGGACUCUGUUCUGUUUCGCCUGCAUCCUCGCGCUGGCCAUUGGUGGUCGCCAGAAGCUGAACGCCUACCUCCAAAAUUUCCUAAGUCUACUGGGAUAUUGGUGCACGAGCUAUGCCGUCAUUCUCUUCGAGGAACACUUCAUCUUCCGCAAGGGAAACUUUGACAACUAUGAUUUGGAAGGGUGGAAUGACCCGGCGAGGCUGCCCAAGGGCAUUGGUGCGGGAGUAGCAUUUGCCCUCGGGGUUGUGGCUUGGUGUAUGGGUAUGGAUGAGACUUGGUUCAUCGGCCCUCUUGCUAAAUUGAUUGGAACGGGCGGUGGUGAUGUCGCCAAUGAGUUCACUUUUGUGGUGACGGCUUUGAGUUAUAUACCUGCAAGGUACUUGGAGCUCAAGUACUUUGGACGGUAA